AUGACUAUUCCGAGGCUCGAGCUUAGAGCCGCCCUCAUCGCCUCCCGCUUACUUGUCAUCUUGGCCCGCUCUCUCGACGUCCCUCUGUCGGACUGUCACCUGUGGAGCGAUUCCAGAAUCGUGCUGUCAUGGGUUCAAUCGGACGAGCCCGUCGGUAACGAGCUAGUCGACAACUACGUCGCUCAGAUCCAUGAGCUCUGCUCUGGAGCUACCUGGCACCACGUUCCCACGGCAGAUAACCCGGCUGACAUCGCGUCUCGAGGCGCAGACGCCCUCAAGUUAGAGUCAGCCACGCUGUGGUGGAACGGCCCGACUUGGCUCGCGGAAGAUGAAGGCUGCUGGCCCUCCUCACUCGAUCACGUACGGCAUUCGCCGCUCACCGAAAAUGACGCUGCUGCCCAACGACCAACUCUCUGCGCAGCCACGCAGACUCACUCACCCGCAUCUCAUCAUAUUGAUCGCUUCUCGUCGCUCACUGGACUCCUUCGCGGCACUGUUCGUGCGCGCCGACUGCUCCUCCGCGCACACUGCGCGGCUUCAGACCCUCCGCCGACGCCCAUGAGUCCGACGACGGCCUCCGAGCUCAGGCGGGCCUUCAUCGACUGCGUCAAGCUGACUCAAGCCGCUACCUUCGCCCGGGAGCUCACCGACCUUCGCUCAUCGUCACGCGAAUCGCUCAAUCACCGCGCCCUCCGUUCACCAACCCCAUUCAUCGACGACGACGGAGUCCUUCGUGCCGGCGGUCGACUGGCCGACUCCCUGCUGCCGCACGACGAGCGGCAUCCGCCUAUCUUGGAUGGCUCCUCUCAUCUCGCCCAGCUGAUCAUCCGUUGA